AACAUGAGAUUAACAUGUGUAUCACUUACGCUUCUACUCAUCGUGAGUGGAAUCGAUGAAAUUUUUGCGCAAUUUAAAGUAAUUAAGAUGGAAGAGAUGCGGUCACUGACACAUGGAAAACCGGUACAUGGAAAGGGAAAACUCUUACGCAAUAGCAACGUAACUGUCAUUCAUAUCAUGCCAAGUGAAAGAAUAAACAGAAGAAUUGAUAAGCGAAGACGAACAGCAGCGUCUGACUUGGAAGUCGUCACAGUCACGCCAUUGACUAAAGAAGAAGCAAGCACGAAUCUAUUGAAACUUCACAUUCUCAACGUUAGAACUGGAAAAAUUCAAGAUGCAAUCAUUAGAACUAAUGAUAAUCACGAAACAAUUACAUUUAGACAGAAACCUGCAGUGACAUCAUCAAAUGAUUUUAAUGACAAAAUUAUCAGAAUAAAACCACAUCGACCCGAAACAAAGUUAAAUGAAAUCGCAUUGGCAAAUAAAUUUCCACUUAAACCUUACAAGUUGAAGAAUAAAUUCAUGUCAUCAAAAUGCAGAUGCGAAGACAACGCAAAAAUGUGGAAUUGCAGAAAAAUUCAAAUUUCUAUUGCAAGAUGUCGAACUGAUCAAUUUUUAUGUUGCAGUGGAUUUUGAUAAACUUUUCAUUUUUUUAAUAAAAUUUUCUUGUAAAUUUUCAAUGGGUCAUUAAAUAAAUAAAAC